AUGUCUGAUAAACGAUACACUGUUUUUCCUACUCGUAUGCAAUUAACAACUUACAAAGGAAAAUUGGUUGGUGCACAAAGAGGUCAUGACUUAUUAAAAAGAAAAACAGAUGCAUUGAACCAAAAAUUUAAGUCAAUUCUCAAGAAAAUUAUUGAAGAAAAAAUGUCAAUGAAAGAUUAUAUGAAAGCAUCAUCAUUCUCACUUGUAUCAGCCAAAUAUACUGCAGGAGAGUUUUCUCAUGUGGUAGUACAAAAUGUUAAGAACUCAACAUAUAAAGUUAAGUUGACACAAGAAAAUAUUGCUGGUGUUAGACUUCCUGUCUUUUCACAAUCUCAUCAAGAAAUCAGAUUACAAGAUUUGACAGGUUUAUCAAAAGGAGGACAAUCUGUUGCAAAUGCUCGUCAACAAUAUCUUAAAGCACUUGAUUCAUUAGUUAAAUUAGCCAGUCUCCAAACUGCUUUCUUAACAUUAGAUACUGUUAUUAAAAUUACUAAUAGAAGAGUUAAUGCAUUAGAACAUGUUGUUAUUCCAAUGACUCAAGCCACCGUAAAAUAUAUUGAGACUGAAUUAGAUGAAAGUGAAAGGGAAGAAUUCUUUAGACUAAAACUUAUUCAAAAUAAAAAGAAGAAAGCUAUUGCUAUUAAAGAAGCUGCUAAAGAAAAAGAACAAAAAGAACUUAAAGCUCAAGGUAAGGUAAGUAUUUCUAAACAAGAAAAACCAGUAGAUCUUGUUGGAGAAGAAGAUGAAGAUAUUAUUUUUUAA